UGGCCGUGGGGGGGAGGGGCAGACCGGAAGCCGCCAGACUGGUGGCCGGGCCACGCCGCGCCGCGCUCCAGGCGUUGACAGCGGGGAGCGAGGCCGGAUGGUGCCGGUGCUCCCUGGCCUGUUUGUGGGCGGCGCGGAGGCCGGCGCGGCGGCCGGGGCCCUGCAGGCGGCGGGGGUGGUGGCGCUGCUCUCGGUGGACGCGGAGGAGCCGCCCCCGGUGGCGGGGAUCCGGACCCUGCAUAUCCCGGCGCGGGACGAGCCCGGCACCGACCUGCUGAGCCACCUCGACUCCUGCGCCGCCUUCCUCAGCGCGGCCCGGGCGGGGGGCGGUGCCGCCCUGGUGCGAUGCCAUGCUGGAGUCAGUCGAAGUGUUGCUUUAGUAACGGCGUAUUUAAUGAAAACCAACAAUCUCACCUUCGAAGAGGCUUAUGCCACUAUCAAAGCCAUCAAAUCAGAUGCCAAAAUGAACGAAGGUUUUGAGUGGCAGCUGAAACUCUAUGAAACAAUGGGCUGUAAAGUUGAUGUGAGCAGUACCAUUUACAAACAGUAUCGCUUGCAAAAAGUUACAGAGAAAUAUCCUGAGCUGCAAGACUUGCCACGAGAAGUCUUUGCAGUUGACCCAACCAGCGUUUGUCAAACUCUGAACAGUGAGGUUCUCUACAGGUGUAGAAAAUGCCGACGUUCCCUCUUUCGUAGUUCGAGCAUUUUAGCCCAUGCUGAAGGAAGUGGACCAUCAGCGUUUGCUCACAAGAGGAUUACAGAUCCUGCUCAGCUUCGUAAUGACAGUCGAGUUAAAUGUACCUCUUAUUUCAUUGAGCCUGUACAGUGGAUGGAGCCAGUAUUGUUAGGAGUGAUGGAAGGACAGCUCCACUUCUGCCAGAAGAUUCUUCCUAGCUCUCUUCUGCCCUCCCAAAAAUCCCAACUUCACCAUGUGUGCAGUUCUGCUGCCUCGUUCUGACAACAUUCCAGAAAAACUUGAUUACUUUACUCUACAUUUGUUGAAAAUGGCUUCCAGAGAAACUUGAAAACAGGUGCUGUUUUCAUCGCUCUAGCAGUGGCAUACGGUACGGUACACUGGCCUACGCGUGAAGGUAUCACAGGUCCUGCUACCUUGGGUCACAGGUAUCGUUGAACUGUUCCUCUGCAAUAGUCAGUUCAGAGUCCACAUGAGGGAGAAGACGGGUGCUUGGAGACGAUAGAGCAAUGGGUUACCCCAGGGCUCUGUGCUUUCUCCAACCCUGUUCAACCUUUACAUCAGUGACCUGCCAACAAUGGAGUCACGAAAGUUCAUUUAUGCAGAUGACAUCUGUGGCGGUACCCAGGCCCAGACGUUUCAUGAGCUUGAUGCCACCUUAAACUGGGACAAGAUAAAGUUAGCUGACUACUGUAAGACUUGGUGCCUCCAGCCAAGCGUCAUAAAAACAGUCUCCAGUUUGUUCCAUCUUCAUCACGCCAGUGCAACACAAGAACUGAAUGGUCAGAAGGCGAAGCAUGAAAUAAAACUGAUCUAUCUAGGCGUGACCUUAGACCGCACACUGAGUUACCAUGCCCACCCGAAGAAGACAGCAGCUAAAGUUAAGAUGUGCAACACUCUUAGCAAACUGGCAGGUUCGUCAUGGGGUGCUCAUGCUCAACUUUGCGGACAACAGCUCUUGCCACCUCGUAUUCGGUGGCAGAAUACUGCGCACCAGUUUGGAGUCGAUCGUCACACACCAGACUGGCAGAUACGCAGUUACGUGCUGCCAUGAGUAUCCUCUCCGGCACCCUGCAUCCGACUCCACGCCGAUGGCUUCCAGUUCUGAGCAAUAUUGCUCCUCCUCGUAUCAGACGAGAAGUUGCCACUGGAAAGUUACUGGAGAAAGUACGUGCCAACUCAAGUCUGCUGCUGCACAAUGACCUUUUUAAACCACCAGCUGCACAUUUGCCGUCACGUCGCCCGUUAUGGUCUCAUCCGCCACACCAGGAUGUUAGGGCGGAAACACUCUGGCGAGAGGAAUGGAAUCUGUUAUAAUUCCCAACCAGUCCCUCGUCACCAACCCCACAAUUUGCCCACUUGGUUUUGACCUGCCCCGUUGCCAAUGGUCCCUUUUGAUCAGUUUUCGGACCAGGCAAGGUGUCUCUGCAGUCAUCCGGUAUCGCUGGGGCCUUCGUGACAUCCCUUUGCGCAACUGCGGUGCAACACAGACCGUGACGUGUGUUGUCGAUGAAUGCCUGCUGACUAGGUUCAGCGGUGGCCUAGAAGAACUGCAUCACGCCGCUGAAGAGACCAUCGCUUGGCUAGACGACUAUGCACAUGCUAAAUAAAUAAAUGAGCCACAAAGC